AUUAAAAAAAAAAAAUGAUAAAAUAUAUAUUAGUUGUAUUAUUAUUAACCUAAUUAUCUUCAAGUAGUCUUUUAAAUAAAUAAAAUAAAGAAAUCGCAAAAACGGUCGUAUAAGACUUGCUAAAUUUAGGAAUUAAAUUUUUCGGAAAAAUCGAAUUAAGAAACCUCGCAUACGAAUAUCACAUAUUAAAUUUCAAAUUCGAAAAUGCCUUUUUAGAAAUAGAUGACAUAGAAGAUGAGCCAAAUAAUUAUAACGUAGAAUUUGUUUUCGAAAAAGUCGAAUUUUCUUUAGAAAACAGAUAAAAUGCAGGAGAAAUAGAAGACCUAUAAAUGCCUAGACUCUCCUUUUCUUAUAUUUUAUAUUCUAAUUUUGAUUAUUUAAGAAUAAAUGACUUGGAUACAGAUGGUGAAUAUGCCUAAUUUGAUGAAUUUGGACUUGCAAUUUAGCAUUUUAUUAAUUUACUUUUUGUCUAUUAAGUUAGACCUGUUUAUGAUAUUUUAAAAGGAAAUAAAACUUACGAUAGAUAGGCUUACUUAUAGUUCCUUGAAAGUUAUGAAAUUAAUAGCAAAUAUGGAAAUAUGUUUGAUGAUAAAAGUGUUAGUAUUGAUGUUGAUAAAUUUUUAGGAAGAAAAAGUAAUGCUCCUCCUAGAAUAGAUUAAGUUAUUACAAUUGAAAAAGAAGAAGAUUUGGAAAAAUUAAAAAAUAUUUAAGUCGGCAGAGUUUAAUAAAACGGAAAAGCUGAUUUGUGAAUAUAAUAUUUUUUGUUGUUUCUUAUUGUAUUGUUUUUAUGUUUUUUUACAUUUUUUUUAUUUAAUAAUAACUUUUGUUUAUAU